GAUGACCUUUGUUUUUGUUUUCAUUUUCCCUAGUCGAGGUUGGCUGCAUCUGACUGAAUCUACCCGGUGCAGCCUCAGCGCGGUCCUGGAACCCUCACCGUGGCGUUAGCGGGCGUUUAGACGGUCGGAGACGACAACACUCUCGUCGUUUCACUUUGGAUUAAGGACUUAACCUCGCCAUCGCAGGCCAUGGCGACGGCGGUGGCCUUCCCUGCCCCUCGCGCGGUGGACGAAGACGACACGAGGUGGGCGGCGUGGAUCUCGGACGCGGAGGCCGGCGCGCUGCCCCUGGACGUCCACACGGCGGCCAGUCUGGGCGACGAGCAGGUGGUCGCGGAGGCCCUGGACGGCAACCCGGCGCUGGCGCUGGCGCGCAACGGGCUGGGCUGGAGCCCGCUCAUGUUCGCCGUGUGGCAGGGCCACGAGGCCCUGGUGGUGCUGCUGCUCGCGGCGGCGCGGCGCGCGGGCUGCGAGGCCACGGACGCCACGGUGGGCCGCCUGCCCAAGUCGGGCCGCUCGCUGCUUAUGGUGGCGUCGCGCUUCGGACACCUGCGCAUCGCCGUCAUGCUGUGCAAGCCGAAGUCGCUGGAGAUGCGGGACUUCCGUGGGCAGACCGCGCUGUUCCACGCCGUGCGCGGUGGCAACGAGGACCUCAUCCGUAUGCUCGUCAGCCAGGGUGCCAACGUCAACGCCUGUGACAACCAGGGACAAACCGUCCUCCAACUGGCCGAGCGCUGCCGCCCGCCGGCGACAUGCAACUUGCUGAAGAGAGCAGGUGCCCAACUGAAGGUCCUACCCGCAGUGCCACCGCGGCCAGCGUCCGCCCCCAACGACGACGUCCCCCUGCACCAGCAGCUCAAUCUGGCCAGCGUCCUGGAGGGGCUCUCCCUGCAGAAGUAUCUACCCCUGUUCCAGGUCCAACGUCUAGACUUGCCAGCUUUCUUGACCAUGAAUGAAGACGAUUUGAAGCGCAUUGGAGUGUCGUUGCUGGGUCCUCGUAGGAAAAUGGCAAUGGAGAUUGAUCGAAUUAGAGUUCUACUUGGGAUUAGCAGCACCUCAUGAAAUAUUCAAAGAAAUGUAAGAGACUGAUUAGCAUUAAGUUGUAUAGUGAAUUAAAUAAAUAUAAAAUCUCAUAGCA